CUUUUCAGCCGCGGCUGUGAUUGAUUUCAAUUGAACUUGCUGCUCGGGAGAGAAAUGCCUUUUUCUAAGCGCAUCUGCGAGCCGCUGACCCUCUCUCGCUAUGGCUCUGCCGAACGGGGCACGGCGUUUGAAGAGCUGCCCGCUGUCAGUAACUACACCCUGGCCCGGACCCUCCGGCAGCUCGCCGACCUGGCCAAGCACGCCAGCGGUCUCUUCCAGGAGAUAGAGGAUGAAGUGUUGGGCGUCCACCGCCGCCUCUGUGGCAUCCAGAGGAAGAUCAGCGACAUCGGUGCCGCCGUGAACGCCCUGGAUCCCAGGCAGGAAACAGUGCCUGUGUCAAACCUGGACAGGGAGAGUAAAUUAACAGUCCACUACCGAGCUCCAUGGUAUCAGCAGGAAGAUCUGUUUCACCCAUCGACCAGACCACCAUGUGUAGAGGAACUUCACCAGUGUGCCAAACGGAAGCUACAGUUCCUGCAUAAAGAACAUCAGAGACAGCUUGGAGAGAGAAGAUUAAUGAAACCCCCUUCUAUGUUGCCCCCCCCACUGCCAUUGAUCCAACACCGCCACAGACUCAGAGCACAGAAAAAACAGCAUAUCUCAACGUUUCACAGCACUCGUUCAUCCUCCCCCACUGAAUGUUGCCAAAUGACCCCCUGGAGUAGAAAGUCCAUUCCAUCAACAGAUGGUGACAGCGAUAUGAUCGCAUUAGGUCAGAGACCGAAAAAUCCGAUACCGAACAUCCCUACAACACUAGAUAGGCAAACGAAUUGGAGCAAAGAUCUACCUCUUCCUACUCCAGAACAGAAGAUGCGUCAGCAGGCUCAGGCUGUUUCUUCCUGUGUUAUUCCCAUCAAUGUGACUGGAGUGGGUUUUGAGAGACAGGUCAUUGGGCGAUACUCCUUUGUUCAUCCUCAAUCUGUGCUGCAGCGAAGGCGGAAGCUAAAGAGGCGUAAAACUAUCAGUGGGAUUCCCAGACGUGUGCAGCAAGAAAUAGCAGAUUCUGAUGAAUCUUCCAUGGCUAGAGAAAGGAAUGUGAUUGUUCAUGUGAACCCAGAGUUGGACUUCCAUGGCGUUGAGGCACAUUCUACCAGUGGGCGAUCUGGGACGAAAGACUCUGAGUGCCAAACAGAGGAUAUUUUGAUUGCUGCACCAUCAGUGAGACGGAUUCGAGCCCAGCGAGGCAACAGCAUCACAUCUUCACUGUCACAUUCGGCUGGGAACAUCACAACCCUGGCAGACGAUUCAGGCUCAAUGUUCCUCGCACCAAUCGACAGCCACAUUCGUUCACGUAGCCUUUCUCGAGAGGGCAUUAGAGAUUCACUGUUCUCUCACGAAUUGAGUCAGGAGGACAGCGUCGAAAGCAUUACUGGUACUCCUGAAAAGUACUUGCCAAACCCAAAAAGGGCGGAGAGGGAAGAAGACGAAGCAAGUUUGUUUAUUCAAAGCCCACAGAAACUUCAUUCCAAGGGCGUUACUGUUCAGCCACAGCAAAACCUGGAUCAUGAAGGCCAGGGGACAAAAAUCUCUAACUUUGUGCCAGAGGGAGAUAUGGGAAACAGUGAGAUCUCGUCGAAUUCUGAUACAUUUGGGAGUCCCGUCAACAGUAUCUCCAGCGCAGGGGUUCUCCUAAGUAGUCAAAUAGACCAAAAGGAGGACCAUCAAUCCUCUAGUGGAAACUGGAGUGGGAGUAAUUCAACAUGCCCCUCACAGACAUCAGAGACCAUUCACACUGCAUCUUCACCCCCGCUGACAGGAUCUUCACACUGUGACUCAGAAUUAUCUUUGAAUACUCCUGCACACACAAACUAUGAUUCGCCAGGUUUCUUACUGGAACAGUACACAUAUCAAGGAGACAAAGUCAGAGGUCACAGGACAAACUCUUUUACUUCCACAGGGACAGAUGUUGUUGAAGACCUCAAUACAAGUAACACAAGUGAUGCUGAAUGGAACUAUUUACACCAUUGCCAUGAUGCGUCUUGCCAUCGAGACUUUAGUCCAAGGCAUUCAAGAACAAAUAGCUUGGGGUGUCCUAGUUUUGCGAGCAUGGGUACAUGUGACAGCUUUGUUGAGAGACCAUCCUCCUCCAGAACUGACUCGGGCUCACAUUUCUCUGUGGACACUGAAGGGUAUUAUACCUCCAUGCACUUUGACUGUGGUUUAAGAACUAGUAGAAACUAUACUUUUAACUAUGCAUCCACAAGCUCUGAUGGAAUCCAGAGCACAGAAAAUGCCUCUGAACCUGGCGAACUUCCUCAACCGGAUCAUUUAGAGUUGAGAAAGCAGAAGUGUCGGGGCCAGAGCAUUGCGCUCAAGAAACCAAAGGCAAAACCAGCCCCACCAAAACGCAGUUCAUCUUUGAGGAAAAAUGAAAGUUGGACCAAUGAGAAUGAUCCGAAUGAACCAAUGACAAACACUGGGCAGGAUAGGAAUGUGUCAUCUAGAGAUACACAGAAAUCUUUGCAACUUGACCUAAGUCUUGCAUCUGACAGGUUCAAAGGCUCCAUGCCACCUAGUAAAAAGAAUAAUCCUUGGGAUAGUCAUAGCGGAUAUACAAAUGAUAAUGAAUUAUCAGACCCUCAGUUCACCCCUUCUGACAUGCCCUCAUUUAAAGAUGAAGGUGCUGUGCAAUCAGAUUAUGCAGGCCUCUGGCUCUUAAAUGACUUAAAGUCAAAUGAUCCCUACAGAUCCUUAUCAAACUCUAGCACUGCUACCGGUACAACCGUGAUAGAGUGCACAAAGUCUCCAGAAGGGUCAGAGUCACAAACAUCCCAGUCCGAGUCACGAGCUACCACUCCAUCCCUCCCCUCAGUUGAAAAUGAGUUCAAGCUGUCCUCUCCUGAUAAAUUGGCAAGUUUGGCAUCACCUUCUAGUGGCUAUUCAAGCCAGUCAGGCACACCGACCUCAACUUUGCCUACACCCCUGUUCCCUGGCCCCUUGUCUCCAAACAGUGGUAAAAGAAAGCCAAAGGUUCCGGAGAGAAGGUCUUCACUGCAGCAAUCUUCCACGAGGGAUGUAAAUGUUGCGAAGAAAGACCUCGAACUACCAACUAUACCUCCAACACAUCUUGACCUAAGUGCUCUUCAGAAUUUGUUUAAAAGCAAGCCCUUUGCUCACAAGAACCAACUGCAUAUCUCAAAUCAGAGCAAACUGAGAGAGGCAGCUGAAAGAACCAGUAGCAGCGCACCAAUUUCCCUUGGCAUAACCCCAUCUGUUCUACAGUCUGUACAGCUUCGCUCUAUUAGUAAAGCCAGGCAAUCCAAACAAGAAUGCCAAGAAGAAACUAACACAACAGAAGAACCAAAUUAUGCAGAGAGUGCCACACCACCUAACAAAACUGAACCGUAUAGUUAUAACAGAUCAUUGACACACAAGUGCAGUGAAAUUUUCACUCCCCCUCAACAGUUGCAAAAUUCAUCCCCCACUGAAACAAAGCCAAGCAUUCUGCAGUUAGAAAGUAAUAUUGCACUUUGUGUAGAAAAUAAGCUGAGUAAAGAGAAUAUGACACCUUUCCCCUUAGUUCCUGUAACAGCAAAGUCUCUAACACAGCUCACAGAUGAGUGCCCACGAAACACAGAACUUGCAGAUAACCAAAUGAUUGCAACAGAAGGCUGUCAUACAGUCUCCAGCAGCUACAUAUAUAUCAACGAAAAGAAUUCAGCAAAGGAGAGCACUCCACAAGAAAUAGAACAAGACUUCCAUAAUUCCAAUAAAGAGUUACAGCACGAGGUAUUUGCAGAGGAAACAGAGAAUGAAGAGAAACCCGAAAGUGUGCACUCGCCGUGUGACAGAGUUAUAGAAACCCUGUCGGCAGCAGCACUGGAACCUGCAGCUGCAGAGAAAUUGGAAAGAAAGCUCGAUUUUGACUCAGUCAAGGAUGAUGAAGCUGUAUCCCAUGACAUCAUUCAAUCUGAAUUAAUAGAUGCACAGAAGUUCAAUAAAGACAGUGCAGAAGAGAAAACUGAAAGUGUGCAAGAUGGUUGUCUAGAAAGCGCUGCUGAUCACAGCAGAACAGCAGAAGCUGUAUGUGAGAGUCCUAGCGAUGGGCAGUACAAAGAUCACUUAGAUGUGGGACAGGGUGAGAGUUAUCUGACUUCUCCAGUGGAUCUUGAGACUAAUGAAGAUAAUGUAUUCAUAACGCCAAACAAACUCCGCACCACAGAGGAUCUUUUUGCUGUGAUUCACAGAUCAAAGAGGAAACUUUUGGGAAGGAAAGAUUCCGAUGAAGGGCCGAAUGUAAACAAACCAAAAUCAUCCCCUGGCAGUUCACCUGGGACUCCUCCUGCUGUUCCAAAACAGCCUAGCCCUAUUUAUAGGAGUGUCCGCAAAUCUAACACCUCCCACGAGGAGUUCAAACUACUGCUGCUUAAAAAAGGCAGCCGGUCAGACUCUAACUAUCGACUGUCUGCGGCCGAAAUCUUGAAAUCUGCAAGUCCAGUAUCUCCCAAGUCUCCAGGAGACAGUUCCUCAGAGCAGGCUAAAGAUUCCGAGGACACUCCCCCUUUCCCUUCUGGAUGUGAAAUGCAGUCACCGGUUUCACCUUGCUCCCCGAGGUUCAGUACGGAAGGAAUCUCUUCCCGCAGCUUCUCUGCCUCGAUCUCUUCCCGACCAAGUCGAUCCCGAGCCCCGCCGGCAGCAGGCAGCAGUCGUUACAGCGUCCGCAGUCGCCUUCACAGUGCACCAAUGCAAGUCAUUUCCGAGGGGGAAGCAGAAAACUCAGAUGGAAGUCCACAUGAUGAUCGGAACUCACAGGGCACACAAUAACAGUUUGGAGCGGCAUCAGUUGUAGAACAAACAUAAAUGUGCAUGUGGUUUAGUUUAGCAAUGUUUAUACUGAAAGGUUUAUCAAACACAGGGCAGGUCUUAAACAAUUAAGAAAACAAUACAGACUACUGUCCCAGGUAUUAAGAUAAAAAAGGUAUUGAGAUAACAGAUCCCUUCACUGUUCCUCCAAAACUGCUAAUGAUGCAAUCAUUUUAGUGUACACAUAUUUUGAUUAAAUAAGCUACAUUUUGAAAUGUAACCAGAGUAAAUCAUGAAAAUAGAGAUUUUUAACUCCUUAAUUAAAGAAAAUCAAAAGCUGUCCUUAAUGAAUUCAGGCAAAUAAUCUGUUUAAGGAUCUCUGAUGAACUUCGCAAGAUUGUAUGCAUGGUUGUUCCUUUUUGUGUGCUAUUAGGGGGUGUUGUUUUUCUAGAAUGAUUAAACAGCUGCUUAAGCAAUAGGACAAUGGUGAGAAGUGUACAGUGCAGUUCUUGGUAUUUCCAACUGAGUGAUGAUUUUCUAAACAAGAAGUGAAAUACCUGUGCUGUGCGCAGCACAGACUUUGAAACUAAUGUAAAUACCAUCACUUUUAGUCAAUUUCAAAAAAGUAUUAAUCCUUUGAGCAAUGCACAUUCUUCAUAAUUUGCACCCUCAGAGUGUUCUGGGAAUUAAAUCAACCUGCAUCUUAAAGACAAAAGCAAUGAUUGAUGAGGAAAAACAUGAGCAAAUACUUAUUUUUUCAAAAAUGUAUCUUGCAAAUUCUGUCUUAACUCUCAUUCUUAAUACAGUCUAAGUACUAUUCCUAAGAAUGACCACGUUGCGUUUGUUGUGGCUUCUUAUCAUCCACAAACCACAAUUGAGAAACCCUGUCUCUAUAAUUAGUUUGAAAGAAAAAUAACAUUUACACCCUCAUAAGACUGAUAGAGUCUUUAUGGAUAUGUGGAUGUUUAAAUCGAAAAUUGAUACCACUGUCCAGUCCUAAGAAUUUAAAAUUAUACAUUGCUCAAGCAGUCUUCCAACAGUUUAAAUAUUAAUCAACUUCUACUGUUUACAGUAGAAAUAGGAUUACAUCUAAAGGAUUAAUACAGUACUACCUAAUCAUGAAAAAUAUUAUGUUCUUUCUAAACUUACUGAAGAUCAUUAUAUUGUACAAAUAUAAAAAAGGAACCUGAGGAAAUGAUUAUUUUUGUGAUUAAAGUUGAAUUACUUGUGUGUAGACACCAAGAAUUGCAUGUUUACAAAAAUGCCAUAGAUUAAAAUGAUAUAUAAGCAUUUUUGGAUCCACAAUGGUGGGUGUUGGGUGGGGGGGACGGGAGGUAAGAAAAA